AAGUUGGAGAAGUUGUCCAUUAGUUUCUGCCUUCAAGUGUCCGGCGCUUCGCUCCAGAAGUUGACAAAGAAUUUCAGGACUCUUUCGAUUAACACUAAUGAUAUGACACCCCCAUUGGUUGAGUGUCUGAACUCAUUGAGUAGAGGCGACGGGAAAUUCAUAACAGAACUCAAUGUCUGCGCCUAUAAUGAAUUGGAUUCACAAGAAAACAUUCUUCAGAUGAUUUGCAAGCAAUUCCGAAGCCUUCAAACUCUUCGCUAUUCCAUAAUAUCAAAGGAUUUAGUGAAAUACGGAGCGUUUGGUCAGCUGACUGCACUAACGGAACUGGUGUUUGACUGCACGUCACUGAACCUGUCUGACCACGAAUUGGUGAAAAUACUGGAGGGCUGUCAUCAGCUGAAGUCGAUAUUCAUUCGCUACGAACACACCAAAGAUCACAACACAAUCACAGACUACUCGCUGCGAAAACUGCCCAAAUUGUGCCCACAUUUAGUGAAAUUCAAUUUCCAGGCGAAGGACGUGUCCAUUCAGACGGUGACCGACGCCACGAUCGAGAGCUUCAGUAGUCUGAAGCACUUGGAGUUCCUGGGCUUCCGGUCCUUCGAGAAUAUCGGCGACGCUGUGAUACUUGUGAUUAAGUCGUGUCCCAAACUGAAUGCCCUGUAUUUAUACAACUGCGACAAUGUGUCGAACGCGACGGUCGACGCCCUCAUAGCCGCCGCCAAGAGUCAGCCCAACAAACGGAUCAAAUACGACAUCACAUCCGCUAAUCUCAAGAAGCGAAAGAAGAAACUUCCCGUUAAUCUAAUCCAUUGCUCAAAGAAAUAACUCAUAUCCUUAUCUUAUGAACUAAUUCUUGAUUUAUUGAUUCGUUUUUUACUAAUUUUUGUUUUCCAUAACUUAUUUCUCAACACUUAAUCCCUAUUUUGUUUUCCCAAUCAAACCCUCAGUC